AGUAAGUCACACAGACUCAGGACAGUGUAGGGAGAAGACAGGUACAGAUGUACAUUAGAGUUGAGGUUAGAAGUAGAAGUUACUGUAUUUGACCACAAGUGUGUUAAGGUGUCAGAGGGAGUCUAUGAAAACUCAGAUGGAUUUGAAGACGACGAGCCUGAUGCAAUGAAGAACACAGACAUUGAUGGCCAAUUAUAUGCCAACGUAAGAGCCUUCAAGCCCAGUACAAGAGAUGGAGUUGUUGCUUCAGUUCAUGUUCAGUGGUGGAAGAGACCCUCUGGAGUUGCUGCAGUGUGUCUGGGGCUGCUGUGUGUUCUCCUACUGGCUGGGAUCAUAGGCCUGUCUGUCUACUAUGGAGUUAUUGGUCAUCACGAAUCAACAGAGAGAGACCAGCUACAGGCCAGUUACAACAACCUGACUGAAGAGAGAGACCAGCUACAGACCAGUUACAACACCCUGACUGAAGAGAGAGACCAGAAACCUUGUCUAGCUGGAUGGUGGAAGUUUGGCACCAGCUGUUAUUAUCUCUCCUCCACAAUGAACACAGCUGGGGGCGGUCAGAAGGAGUGCAGAACAAUGGGUGGAGAGUAUUGGAUGGAUGGGGAGCCUAAUAACUUGAAUGACCAGGUGGCUUGUGUUGAGAUCUCACAGACAGCAACAGACCCUUUGAAGAGUUGGAAGGAUGGACCAUGUGUUAAACAACACUGGGUCUGUGAGAAACCGAUCACACAAUAAGUAUUGGUUAUCCCUGUGAUAGGCUUAAGAU